GGGUCCAGGAGCGCGCGGGCAAUGCGGGCGGCCAGGCGGGGGUUGGCGGACCCCUGAACCCCUCGCCCCCUGGCCAGCGAGGGAGCCCCGCGGCGGCACGCGCCCGAGGCGGCCAGCCCGCCAUGGCCGGGGUCAGCUACGCGGCGCCCUGGUGGGUGAACCUCCUGCACCGGCUACCCCACUUCGAUCUGCGCUGGGAGACCACCAGCAGCCAGUUCCGGCCCGAGGACACCGACUACCAGCAGGCGCUGCUGCUGCUGGGGGCCGCCGCGCUGGCCUGCCUCGCCCUGGACCUCCUCUUCCUGCUCUUCUACUCCUUCUGGCUGUGCUGCCGGCGGCGCAAGAGCGAGGAGCACCUGGACGCCGACUGCUGCUGCACCGCCUGGUGCGUCAUCAUCGCCACGCUGGUCUGCAGCGCCGGCAUCGCCGUGGGGUUCUAUGGCAACGGGGAGACCAGUGACGGCAUCCAUCGGGCCACCUACUCGCUCCGCCACGCCAACCGCACAGUGGCAGGGGUCCAGGACCGCGUGUGGGACACGGCGGCCGCUCUGAACCGCUCGGCGGAGCCCAGCCUGCAGAGCCUGGAGCGGCAGCUGGCCGCACGGCCAGAGCCCCUGCGUGCAGUCCAGCGGCUGCAGGGCCUUCUCCAGACGCUGCUGGGCUACACAGCUGCCAUCCCGUUCUGGAGGAACCCCGCCGUGUCGCUCGAGGUGCUGGCGGAGCAGGUGGACCUCUAUGAUUGGUACAGGUGGCUGGGCUACCUGGGCCUGCUGCUCCUUGACGUGGCCAUCUGCCUGCUGGUGCUGGUCGGCCUCAUCCGUAGCUCCAAGGGCAUUCUGGUUGGGGUCUGCCUACUGGGGGUCCUGGCCCUGGUCAUCAGCUGGGGCGCACUGGGCUUGGAGCUGGCCGUGUCUGUGGGCUCCAGUGACUUCUGUGUGGACCCCGACACUUACGUGACCAGGAUGGUGGAGGAGCACUCGGUGCUGAGUGGGGACAUCCUGCAGUACUACCUGGCCUGCUCGCCCCGUGCCGCCAACCCCUUCCAGCAGAAGCUGUCUGGCAGCCACAAGGCGCUGGUGGAGAUGCAGGACGUGGUGGCUGAGCUGCUGAAGACGGUCCCCCGGGAGUCCCCGGCCACCAAGGACCCCUUGCUGCGUGUCCAGGAGGUGCUGAACGGCACAGAGGUGAACCUGCAGCAUCUCACCGCCCUGGUGGACUGCCGCAGCCUGCAUCUGGACUACGUGCAGGCCCUGACGGGCUUCUGUUACGAUGGCGUUGAGGGCCUCAUCUACCUGGCUCUCUUCUCCUUCGUCACGGCUCUCAUGUUCAGCUCCAUCGUCUGCAGCGUCCCCCACACCUGGCAGCAGAAAAGAGGCCCCGACGAGGAUGGGGAGGAGGCGGCGGCCGCAGGGCCGAGGCAGACACACGACAGCCUCUACCGUGUGCACAUGCCCAGUCUGUACAGCUGCGGGAGUAGCUACGGCAGCGAGACCAGCCUCCCAGCCGCGGCCCACACCGUCAGCAACGCCCCGGUCACCGAGUACAUGAGCCAGAAUGCCAACUUCCAGAACCCCCGCUGUGAGAACACCCCCCUCAUCGGGCGCGAGUCCCCGCCGCCCUCAUACACCUCCAGCAUGAGAGCCAAAUACCUCGCCACCAGCCAGCCUCGCCCCGACUCCAGCGGCAGCGGCCACUAGACAGCCCCGGCCGGCCACCCGCCCACGUGCCAAUCGCCCUGCCCCUCCCCGUGCAGGCGCUGCCGCUCCCACCCGUCACCGCCCGCCGGACCCUCCGCACGCCCGCCAGGCCCGCUGCAGCCACCCUCGCCCCUGCCCUCCCCUUCCCGCAGGGGCUCUCCGUGGGUCACGCACCUGGACGCGGGAGCGGUGCCACCGACAGGGGGCCCCCCAGCCCCCCCACGCCCCUCUGCCUCUGAGGAGGGGGGUCUGCAGAGCCCCGCUCUGGGCCGGAGCCGGGCUCGGUACUGUGUCCCUGACGCUUACUCCGCAGCAGGCCGACCCGUGGACCCGUCUUCUCUGCUCGCGCCCAGCCUGCUCUCUCCCCCCGCAGCUCCCAUGGCUCGCCCGCACCCUCCAGGCUUCGGAGCGUCACUUUUUGCGUUCACAGGCUGGGCGGCGCCCACCCUGGGCCGGGCAGCUGCAGGGGCCUCGGGUCGUGUGCGCUCACCGCUAGGCUCCUGCGCAGAAAGUUCCCGGGGAGCUCCUCUCAGUCCACCUGACCACAGGCCCCUCCUGCUGGUUGCCAGAAGCCUCCGCCCAGCAUCGCUCUCUCCCCCAGCGCCCACCCUGCCCGUGGAGCCCAGCCCUGCACGGCGGCAGGGGGACGGCAGGUGCUGCGCCGAGCCCAGGCUGCUCACCCAGUGCUGGCCGCCUUCUUGGUGCCAAACCCCCUCCCCCGCCCCAAGACUCGGCAGCUCGUCUGGUUCAUUUUUGCACUAACCACAUUUGUCAUCCUAGGGCAGGCGGGGCUGCCGGCUGAGCAGCACACUCCCCUUCUCGGUUCCCUCUCUGUCCAGGACAGGCACACGUCCCGAGCCCGGCCAGGGGCUGGACCUGAGCUGGCGGUGAACGUGCCCUCGGCCCCUGCCGCCCCCUCUUGGGACUAACCACUAACCUCACCCGGCCUCCGCGGGCACCCCUGGCCGACCCAGAGCCAGCAAGUCUCACCCCGAGUCCAGGCCAGAGAUGAGGCCUAGGCCGGCCGGCUGGGAAUCGGGCCGGAGUAGCCGUUUCUUCUUGGGGUGCUGCUGGGGAAGGACUGUAGACCGACAGGCAGCCUGAGAGCCUGCAGACCCGUCCCUGGGCAGGUGCUGCCCCAGACGACUAUGUCCUCGGGAACAAAUGUCCCUUGGGCUGUAGGACUGAGGUCCGUGCGGCCUCAGUCUCCCUACCUGUGAAGUGGGAACAAGGCUUCCCUAAGGUGCUUUGGCUUUAGUGUACAAUGUUUGCUGUGUUUCCUGCCGUGGAGGGUGCGGCACCCCCAGAUCAGGAUGGGAAGGAAGCCCCCUGCCAGUCUCAGCCCUGGCCUGGCCACCCUGCAACAGAGGCGCUGGCCUGUGGGUCAGGCCAGGGGCUGCAGAGCACCAGGCAGCAGCCGUGUGGGAGGGCCCCGGGCCGGGGUCCCACAGCGGGAGGUGCCCGCCAUGUUCGGCAUGUGGGCUCUUCCUUCCAGAGCGGGGACAGUGCCCUUCCCUGGGACAGGCCCGGGGAGAUGCCGCCUGCCCUUCCUCCAUAAUCUUUUCUCUGUGCUGGUGUCUGGGACCAAACGGGCAGGUGGGCUGGGGGCCAGGCCACAUCUGCCCGGCUUCUGGGGUUGCCCCUGCCCUGGGAAAGGAGGGGAGUGAGCAGGCAAACACCGGGGUGCCCCAGGUAGGCCUGGGGCCCUGAGCCUGGCCAAACCUCACUGCAGGGCCCCGUGUGCUCUAGGCCCCGCCUGGCCGUCGUUCUGGGCCCCCACAGCAGACCUGCCCAGUUUUUCCUCUGGGCCCCUCCAGUGGCGAGAGCGGUCCUGGCCCAGUGUCAGGAGGGAGGCCCCAGCCAUCCUGCCCUGGUGCGCGCCGUGCGCUCGGGCCACUGCUCAGAAGCACAAGCAGCCGCCCGCGGCCCUGGGAGGCCGCCCGCAAUGUGAAUGUACAUAGCAUGAGAGGCCGGCGCCGCCGGACGCGCUGUGGACCUCGGCUGUCUUGCGAGUUCCCACCGUGUGGCGUGUGCCCCGUCUGUGACUUCAUCGAGCUCCUUCUACUCACCGAGGUUGAAUAAAGGAAAAGGAGAAUCAUCCAAAGGGGUUCAAACCCCAGCCUCAGUCUGUGGAGGCGAGCAGGUCCUGCCAUUGGUUUUCUUUCUGUUCUAAGUUUUCAGGGUCCCCUUCCUAACCAACCCCCAUCCCAGUGACCUCUCCACAUCCCUUCCCGGCCUUGCUCCCCACAGGCUCUGCAGCAUCUGGGGGGGGGUGCGGCCCUCGACAAAGUGGGUGGCCGGUGGGAGGGAGGAGCCUUGAAGCCCCACAGGGUCCAGCUGGCUCCCGGGCCCUGCCAGGCUGGGCCAGCAGGAGGUGGGGUCCAGCUGGGACAUCUGGCCCAUGGGGCUCCCCUGCCAUGCCCACCCACCCCAUCUCACUAUGCAAUUCCAGCCCAAGCACCAUUCCCUACCUACCCGGGACCCCUGCCCAGCCCCAGGGGGGUGGGUAGCCUCCCUGGGCUCCAGCCGGGGGGCGGGCAGGGGCCGGGGCCUUCUAUGUGGGACUUUUUGUUUAACCAUAAUGGUUGUGCGCUGUACCACUUUGUUAUAUAUAACAUAUCGCUCAAUAUAAUUUUGUUAAGACUCUGACCCUCCCAGUUCCCCUCCUGACCCUCGCCCCCUCCCCCCGCAGUGUGAUUUAGGGCCCUGAGCGGGAAGGGGCUCAAACCACUUAGCAUCUUCCUCCGACACUUUCCUCCAACCUCCGUAGGGCCAUGGCUGUCUGUGCUGUCGCUGUGGUUUUUUAUUUUUGUUUUUUAACUGGGUUUGGGGUUUGAUUUUUCUUUGGGGGCUUUAUUUUUCUUGGCAGAUAACUAAAAAUCUCGUCAAUGUAAUUUCUGUGGUUUC